UUAUAUCCCCUGCUUUUUAAAUUGGUCAUCGGAUGACUAGAGUAGUACUAUAGUCUUCAGAUUGAAUCAACGGAGCGAGCAGCUUUGUUUUCUUUCAACUUCUGACUUCAGAAAUGAGAGUCAAGAUCGAAGAUGUUCCUAGGAUCACAUGGGCCCAUGUGCUCUUCAUUGCGCAGGCGUGCCUUCUCGCCAAUGCGGAGACAAGUACGGAAUCGCCGGAGAGCUCGUUCGAUUUCGACUGGAAGAUCACACCGUCGAUGACGAUCAUCACCGUGGCCCUCGUGUGCUUCUUCGCCUUCUUGGCCUUCUUCUCCAUCUACCUUCGCAAAUGUGCCCGGUCACGCGUCGCCGUCGCCGCCGCUUCCGCCGCCGAUACCUCCCUGCCCAUCGCCUCCUCCUCUGGCCAAGACCACCCCCGACGCCGCGGUCUAGACCGGGCGGUGAUCGAGACCUUUCCGGUGGUCACCUACUCCGCGGUCAAGGGUCUCAAGAUCGGCAAAGGAGAGCUCGAGUGCGCGGUGUGCUUGAGCGAGUUCGAGGACCACGAAACGCUGCGUUUGUUACCCACGUGCAACCAUGUCUUCCACUCCGAUUGUAUCGACACCUGGUUAACUUCUCGGGUUACAUGUCCGGUUUGCAGAGCUAAGGUCGCCCAGGCGGUCAAUCGAUUAGCCGCCAAUUCAUCGCAGUCAACCGAGUCCAGCAACGAGCCGACCCAGGAAAACUCAGCGUCCCGACUCGGCGAAGAACAAAAUCAUGUUGUGGUUGAUAUUGAGGAAGCUCAAGGCGGAGAGUUACGGGUCGUUGAGAUCGUGAACCGUACGCCUAGAACGGGGACAUCGGGGAAGUUACGGAGGUCGCACUCGACAGGUCACUCGCCGGUUCAACCCAGAGAGAACACGGAGAGGUACACGUUGAGAUUGCCAGAGGAGGUAAGGAAGCAGCUUUUGGAGGGUGAGAAGCUGGAGCGUUCGAUGAGCAACGGCGUCGUUUUGGCAACAGUAGCGAGUUCGAGGAAAGAGUAUAGGAGUGGUGACGUGGACGUCUAAGGCUGUCCGUUGAAGGAAAAUGUGACGAAUGCUGUUAGAUGUUAUCCACGUGAAGUCUGGUCGGCACUGCAGUCUCCGGUUCGAUUGUGAUUAAUUAAAUCCGAAGGCGCUCAUGUUUGGAGUGAAGUGGGUUGAUUCGAUUCUUCGAUCGAUAAAAUGGGUCAAAAUAUUAGCAAGUGGGGUUUUUAAUCCUUGUUUCUUUAAUCAAUUCUACCUGGAGAGCGGAUCAGGAUGCUUUUUGGUGCGACCAAAAGCCCAUUUUGGAUAGUUUUAGAGGGCUUUUUAUAUGGUUAUUUUAGUGAGUUGGCCUGUCUCAGAAUUGACCAGGCAAGUUGUGGAGUUGUUUAAAUUGCUUUUAUAUAUAUAUAUGUGUGUGUGGGUGUGUGUUUGGUACAAUCUGAAGGCAAUUAAAACACAUCAGAUUGGGCCAAGAGACUGUUAAUAACGUUACUAGGAGUGCCAUUAUCUUGCCUGAAUGUGAAGAAACAUCCAGUUUGUAGCAGGAUCAUGUAAAAAACUCUACUCUUAAUUUCCUCUCUAGCUUUUUUCUUUCUU